CGCGUGACUAUAAGGCUGGCCCCUGCCUCUUUCUGCGGGGUGUCCUGGUCCUCUCCAGGAAAUACCACUGGAUCUGACGUGUGGGCCUCGUGCUGGUCGCUACCUUCUUUCGCUCUGGCUCUGAGGCUGAGAGCUUUCGCGGAAUCCGGCGCUUGGGGCGCUGUGUAGUACAAGCUGUCGCGGUGACUUGGCCCUGGAACCCGACUAGGCCACCGUACCCAUCAGACGCCCCAGUUCUGAGUCGUCCAACGCGUCUCGCUCCGUUCUUGCGGUCUGCUCGGCCCUGCCGGUAGCGGUUGCUCUCUUGUCUCCCAGCCGCAGUGAGGAUUCGCGAGACGCUAUUUGAUCCUCAGCGUGCUUACCGGGUGUCUCGCUCUGCUACCUUUGGAGUCUUUCACUAGAUGUCUCCACCACCCACCGGCACCUGCUGACCUACACUCCAGGGAGGCGUUCGGUCUUAAUUCCUCCUUUGCCCUUGGUGCUAUCAUCUGGGCCUCCACAGAUUGAACAAUCUGAUAUACUUCAGGCACCAGUAUACCUGGUUGCUUUAUGGUCCUUUUUAUACAGACUCUGUAAAUACUUUUUCUAACCACCCAGUUUGAAUUUUCACCUGAACCUAGUUGACAUGGCCGUGACCUCCUCUCCUGGACUAGAGAAUCCCUGUUCACUUCGACCCAGUGCAAGUGUCUCUUUUCCUGUGAAACUUCUCUGACCCAUUCAGUCAUUGUUGCUUACUUUCCCCACUUGUGCCCUCACACAAUCAAGUACAUAGCUCUUAUAUAAUUCUUGAUCCACAUUUGUCUUCCGUACUAGACCAAAUUCCUUAAUGGCUCAGGAAUAUUUUCUUUUAUCCAUGCACUCCCAGUUCCUGGCAUGUAGUGCAUGUUCAACAAAUUAUUAAGUGACCUAAUGUAACUACUCACCUCCCUGUCUUCACUAACUGGAAGAGCCCUCUUUCGAUUCUCAAUCAGUGUUCGAAAUCCCAUUCUUUCAAUUACUCUGUGUGUGUAUUUAUUUUCCCUGCUCCAUUCCUGUCAGCUAAAAUAUAUUUUAGCUAAAUAUCCUAAAUUCUCCCUGACUGUCUUCUACCUGCUACCCUGGCUUUUUCCUUUACAGCCAAGCUCCCCAAAAGCAAAGUCUACAAAUUCUGUCCAUUUGUUCAUUUCCCAUUCAUUGUUUAAUCCACUGCAAUCUAGCCCUCAGCUACACUACUUCAAUGAAAUUGCUCUUAUUCGAAGCAUCAAUUAAAUACCAGUUGAAUGGACUCUUCCUAUUCCUCAUACCACUUCUCUCUGUUGUACUUUACCUCUUUCACUUCUUUAUAGAAAUUCUUGCCUUCUUCCUGUCUCUCUGGCCACUUCACAGCCUUUUCAGGUUCUUCUAAUUUUAUGCACCAUUCAAGUGGUGAUAUUUUUCACCCUCCGGUUCUUGCUCUUUAUCUUUUCACAAUACACAGUCUUCUUGGGCGAAUUUAUUUUGGGUGGCUUCAAUUCACAAUGUUACUGCUGAGCUCCACACUCAUGUGUUUACUUAAUUUCUGAUUAUUAUUCCUUGGACAUUCUACAGACAAACUAGGUAAACAUAUUCAAAGACUUCAAUUUUCCUUUCUCACUGGUGCCUUCUCCUUUAUACUGUAUCUUGGUGAGUGGUGCUCAUGUCCACUUAGAUAGUGAUGUCAUGGACACCUGAAAAUUGUUCCCAAGCCUUCUUUUCCUCUAAUACACUGUCACCAUAUCCGUUUGUUCUCUAUCUCAGAUUUGCUUCCUCCUUUCAAGCCCCCAUGACACUGCCUUCAUUAAGACCCUCAUCAUGUCUCUUAUCCUGAGUUCAGCAUCCUCCUGUGGCACCCUGCUUGCAUUCUAACCCUCCUCCAGUCCCUUCAUCCUUCACACCUCUGCCAGGUUAAUCUUCCCAAAACAUAACUUUCAUCCUUUCACUUACUUGAUCAAAAAGUUGGAUAGCUCCCUAUUACCUACAGAAAGGCCUAUGUACCUUUCCAAACCAACCUCAGCUUUUCCUCUUAUAGCAGCUUUCUACUGUAGCCAAACUUGGUACAUCCAUUCUACCUUUUUGCCUGUGCUGGUGCCAUUUCUCAUGCCUAUACUGCUCAUCUUAUUCCUGAACAGAUAUCCUGAAUCUCCCUCAACGUUUAGGGCCCACCUUAUAUUCUGCUUCUUCCCAGAACACUCCAGUCCAGAGUGAUAAUAGCCAAAUACACCUUGCAAUCUUACAAAUUGCCUCUGCCUGAGAGGUCAACACUACCAGCUCCAUUUUAUGAAUGAGAAUGAAAGAAUUGAGGCACAGAAGUUUGAAUGACUUACCGGUGGCUACAGAGCUGCCAAGAUACAGAGCCUGGGCCUACCUAGCCUUUAGUCUUCUCUUUCCAGAUCUGCUUUUACCUCAGUGACCACUCCCUCUCUGACCUCACAGUAUUAUGGUCUUCAUCACUCCUUCAGUCCUCAAUCACAUACUACCUGUGGCCAGCAGAAACAGGGGUCUUGAGAGUCGGGGGAAAGGUCCAAGAAGAGAUCACCCUGUAUUUGACAUUGAAGUUGGCCAGGAAGUGCACAAGGGAUGAACCGAGCUACCUGGAAACUACCCUUGGGAACAUGGUCUGUGAAUGGAGGCAGUGGAGCUUGCUCGCUCUGCACGCUGCUUCACACCUGAGGAGGUCGUUGCAAGAGCCCCGGUCCUGGGCACGGUCAUGGGCAUGGGGUCAGAUAUGGGUAUGAGCUUUAUGGGGCUGCCACUAGUUGACCAGAAACACAAGAGUGGUCAUAAGGAGCCCGUGGUACCGGCCUGUUCAUUGUGCCGACAGAACCUGCAGGCUGUCGGUGCCUGACUCCUACCCUGCCAGCAUUUGCUCUGUAAGGACUGCUUCCAGGGCUUGAUCCAGGAGCUGAGGCAGGUUGCCAAGGCUUGUGGGACUGUCUCAGAUGAGCUCAUCUCCUGUCCUGGGUGUAAGCAAGCGGACCUCACCAGGGAUGUAACUGAGCGUUUUUUUCUGCAGUGCUUUUCUACUGGGCAAUCCAAGAUGGCCAGGAACUGCUCCGAGUGCAAGGAGAAGAGGGCAGCACACAUCCUCUGCACCUACUGCAACCGCUGGCUGUGCAGCUCCUGCACAGAGGAGCACCGGCACGGCCCAGCCCCCGGGGGCCCGCUCUUUCCCCGGGCCCAGAAGGGCCCGCCAGGAGUGACUGGUGGUUCUGGGGACUUCGCCUUGUACUGUCCUCUACACACACAAGAAGUGCUCAAGCUAUUCUGUGAGACUUGUGAUGUUCUAACAUGCCAUAGCUGCCUCAUGGUGGAACACAAAGAACAUAGGUGUAGACAUCUUGAAGAAGUUUUGCAAAACCAGAGGAUGCUUCUGGAAAGUGUGACUACACAGGUGGCUCAUAAGAAAUCUAAUCUACAGACCUCUGCAAAGCAAAUUGAGGACAGGAUUUUUGAAGUGAAGCAUCAACACAGGAAGGUGGAAAACCAGAUCAAAAUGGCCAAGAUGGUUUUGAUGAAUGAGCUGAACAAACAGGCCAAUGGGCUCAUAGAGGAGUUGGAGGGCAUUACUAAUGAGAGAAAGCGGAAGCUGGAGCAACAGCUACAGAGCAUCAUGGUUCUCAACCGCCAGUUUGAACAUGUGCAGAACUUCAUCAAUUGGGCUGUCUGCAGCAAAACCAGUGUCCCUUUCCUGUUCAGCAAAGAGCUGAUUGUGUUUCAGAUGCAGCGAUUGCUGGAGACAAACUGUAACACAGAUCCUGGCUCCCCUUGGAGUAUCAGAUUCACCUGGGAGCCUAACUUCUGGACCAAGCAACUGGCUUCCCUUGGCUGUAUAACUACUGAAGGUGGACAGCUGUCCCGGGCAGAGACUCCUGCUUAUGGAGGCUUACAGGGACCGCCAUCCUUUUAUCAAAGCCAUCAGUCCCCAGUGGCACAGCAAGAGACUCUCAGCCACCCCUCACAUAAGUUCCAGUCUCCAGCACUGUGUUCCCCAUCUGUGUGCUGCUCCCACUGCUCCCCAGUCUCGCCCUCCCUCAAAGGUCAGGUCCCCCCACCUGGCAUACACUCAGCUCACAGCUUCAGGCAACCCUCUGAGAUGGCACCCCAACAACUGGGGUCUCUGCAGUGCCCUGCCCUGCUGCCCAGGGAGAAAGAGCUGGCUUGUAAUCCUCAGCCACCAAAACUGAUGCAGCCCUGGCUGGAAACGCAGUCCCCUGUGGAGCAGGAGAACUCGUCUCAGCGGCCGGGGCAGCAGCUGACUUCCCAGCCAGUGUGCAUCGUGCCCCCGCAGGAUGUUCAGCAAGGAGCCCAUGCCCAGCCCCCCUUACAGACCCCCUCCAUCCAAGUCCAGUUUGGCCACCACCAGAAGCUGAAGCUCAGCCACUUUCAGCAGCAGCCACAGCAGCAGCUGCCACCUCUGCCGCCUCCACCGCCCCCACCCCAGCAGGCACCGCCGCCACCUCUACCUCCAUCCCAGCACCUGGCUUCUAGUCAGCAUGGAAGCCCGCCUGGGCCUGCCUGCUCCCAGAACAUGGAUAUAAUGCACCACAAAUUUGAGCUGGAGGAGAUGCAGAAGGACCUGGAGCUUCUCCUUCAGGCUCAGCAGCCCAGCCUGCAGCUGAAUCAGACCAAAUCUCCUCAGCACCUUCAGCAAACCAUUGUGGGGCAGAUCAACUACAUUGUGAGGCAGCCAGCACCCAUCCAGUCCCAGAGCCAGGAGGAUGCCGUGCAGGCUUCAGAUGAGCCCCCAGCAUCUGAAGGUCCAAAGCCAGCUCUCCCUCUUGACAAGAAUACUGCUGCUAACUUGCCCCAGGCGUCUGGGGAAGAAACCCCUCCCAGUGUCCCCCCACUGGACAACACCAUCCAGCACUCCUCUCCAAAUGUGGUGAGAAAGCACUCCACUUCGGUGAGCAUCAUGGGCUUUUCCAACACACUGGAGAUGGAGCUGUCAUCUACCAGGCUGGCAAGGACCUUAGAGCCACAGAUCCAGAGCGUGAGCAGCCUGCCUGCCGCCCCUUCCCACAUGGUACCAAGCCUGCUGAGCAGCACCCCCACAACUGUGUCCAGCCUGAUGAGCAGCCAAAACCAGGCUAUGCCCAGCCUGACAGUGGGUCAUCUGCCGACCAUACCCAGCCUUGUGCGCGGCACACCCCAGUCCGUGCCCAGCCUGAUGAGUGAUUCCUCCCAGGCCAUCACAAGCCUAGCAAGUGAUCAGUCACAGGCCAGGCCCAACCUGAUGUCUGGUCCCACCCAGGCUAUGCCAAGUCUGGCGACUUGUCCUCUGCAGAGCAUGCCUCCAGCUUCUGACGCGCAACCAGAAAGUGGAUCCAGCUGCAGUCCUGGCUCUGGGCGAGCUGUAGGGAGCCUGUGCCCUGGAGAUGGGGCUGACCCCUCUCUCGGGAAUGCCCUGUGUAAGAUGGAAAGUGAGGAUUCUACCCGCUUCACUGACUCUCUGAGACAAGACUCCACAACCCCUGGUCUGGAUGCUUCCAAGGAUUUGGCUAUCCCUUCAGAACUAGAGGAGCCAAUUAACCUCUCUGUGAAGAAACCCCCACUGGUCCCAGUGAUCAACACAUCCAUGGCUCUGCAACAGUACCGGAACCCAAAAGAGUAUGAGAAUUUUAAACAAGGAGCCCUGGAAUUGGAUACAAAAGGGAACCAGAGUAUCAGGCCCUUCAACAGCGAGCCUAAGAUUCCCUAUGUGCGACUGGAGCGGCUCAAGAUCUGUGCUGCCUCCUCGGGAGAGAUGCCUGUGUUCAAGUUGAAGCCCCAGAAGAAUGAGCAGGAUGGGAGCUUCCUGCUGAUCAUCGAGUGUGGCACUGAGUCCUCCAGCAUGUCUAUUAAGGUCAGCCAGAACAACAUGCCUGAUGCCAUCCAGGCCCCAAGUCUGGGGGGAAGAAAGGUCACUGUCACUUCUCUGGCGGGGCAGCAGCCACCAGAGGGGGAGGGUGCAUCUCCUGAAGAACAAAGACUCAUUCCUCGGACCCCUGGAGCCAAGAAGGGGCCCCCUGUACCAAUAGAGAAUGAGGACUUCUGCGCUGUGUGCCUCAAUGGGGGAGAGUUGCUGUGCUGCGAUCGCUGCCCCAAAGUGUUCCACCUUUCCUGCCACUUGCCGGCCCUGCUCAGCUUCCCCGGGGGAGACUGGGUAUGUACCUUGUGCCGCAGCCUGACCCAGCCCGAGAUGGAGUACGACUGUGAGAAUGCUCGCUAUAAUCAGCCUGGAAUGCGGGCCACUCCUGGCCUGAGCAUCUAUGACCAGAAGAAGUGUGAAAAGCUGGUACUGUCCUUGUGCUGCCAUAGCCUCAGCCUGCCCUUCCAUGAACCUGUCAGCCCGCUGGCUCGGCAUUACUACCAGAUUAUCAAGAGGCCCAUGGACCUGUCAAUCAUUCGGAGGAAGCUGCAAAAGAAGGACCCAGCUCACUACACCACCCCAGAGGAGGUGGUGUCAGACGUCCGCCUCAUGUUCUGGAACUGUGCGAAGUUCAAUUAUCCCGACUCAGAGGUUGCAGAGGCCGGCCGCUGCCUGGAAGUGUUCUUUGAGGGCUGGUUGAAGGAGAUCUACCCGGAGAAACGGUUUGCCCAGCCAAGGCAGGAGGACUCAGACUCCGAGGAGGUGUCAAGCGAGAGUGGGUAUUCCACUCCGCAGGGUUUCCCAUGGCCCCCCUACGUGCAGGAGGGCAUCCAACCCAAGAGGCGGCGGCGACAUAUGGAGAAUGAAAGAGCAAAAAGAAUGUCGUUCCGCCUGGCCAGCAGCAUCUCCCAGGUGUGAGAGCUGGUGGUACAGCAAGCACUCUGGCAGCUGGCGCCCCAUCCUGUUGACCACUCCUCCUCACCUUUCAGCUCAUUCUCUUCAGAUCGUGGAUGUGAGACAAGUUUUGUCGAGCUGUGUAGUGCUCUUUGCCGUUUGCAUCUUACAACAUUCAUUUGGGAGCCAUAGUGCAUCCACUACAGAGAAGAUUUCAGUAAUAAACAGCAAAGAGGGAGGUGUUCCCUAUUACCAGAAAAA